AUGGGACUAGAGGCUUGUAAUCUGCCAUGGGUUUUACAAUUUUUUUUGUUGCAUGUCACAGUAAUAGAAAAGUCUUCUGAUUCCGGAGGAAAGCCUGAUACGGUAGCGCUAGGAAGGACGGAGCUGCAGGAGUCAUAUAGGCUACCGAAGCGGAAAAGGACUAGGAUGACGAUCUGUACUUAUAACGCACGUACGCUUGCAUCGGAAGCGGCCAUCGAAGAUCUGAUGAUGCAAGCCAAGAAGAUCAAGUACGACGUCAUCGGGCUGACAGAGACGAGACGACGUCAUCCUCUCAACGCCGUAAAUGAAACUGAAGAACUGUUUUUAGGAACAUGCGACAGUAAAGGAGUUCUUGGUUGA